AAAGCAAAGUUCCAAAAGGAUAAUGUUCACAAGUAUUGUCUCAAUUGUAGAAGGGGUCCAAAUAAAACCGUUGACUGGUUUAAAACAUGUUUGGACUCGCUCGCUACUGUUCUUGUUCUUGUUGUUGUCUUUAUCCUUGUUGUUUUUGUUCUUGUUUCUUUUUCAUCUUCGCGCCUGAACCGGAAAGUCCAAAAUAACACUAGAAGAAUUUAUCACCAAGCAAAGUUGUGAUUCAAGAUCAAAUUUGCCACACAAACUUUGAACGAAGGCGUACCUUUACGAUUUUUUCCUGAUGAAUAUGGAAGCCUUUACUCUCAAUACUGCGAUCAACAAUUAUGCCCUAUGAAUAUGUCAUACUUUUGUUAUUCUGUCACCUGCAACUUCUGCUAGGUCGCACAUAGCGGUCGAAACAUUGAAUGUUCGCAGCAAUGUAAUCGAUCGGCACACCUGCGUAACUCUAAUCUCAGGUUUAGAAAAUAACCUCAGUCUGUACAUGUGCAGGAGAAUUGGUAAAACUUUGCAAUUUUAAUCACUAUUUCGAUUAACAAUGCUUGGAAGACCAACACACCAAGCUUUCAAGCGCACGUCUGGUGUCAAAUUUCCACUAAAAGGCUUCUCCCCCGUGCGCAAUGUUUCAAAUAGUUCAGUCUUGAAAACUGUAAGCAGCAGCCUCAGUGAUAGUGUUAUUAAUAAUGUGGCUGACGACAAACGCCCUCUACCAAGGGAGGCGAAAGUUGUCAUAUGUGGCGCUGGUGUCAUGGGAGCAUCAGUUGCAUAUCAUCUUGCCGAGUUAGGAUGGGGUUCAAAUACUGUGCUUCUUGAUCAGGGCAAUAUUGGAGGAGGUGCUACUGGCCAUACUGCUGGUUUAGUUGGAGUUUUUAAGCCAAGCUUGGCCCAAGUUCGACUGGUACAAUCUACUGUUGCUCUUUAUAAAUCCCUUGAAGAAAGAGGACUACCAACUGGAUGGAAACAAUGUGGAAGCUUGUGUCUAGCAAAAACCAGAGAUCGUAUGACCGUUUUCAGACGUAUGAAGGCCCUUGCAGUAUCUUGGGGCAUUGAUUGCAAACUAGUAUCACCUGAGGAAGUAUUGCAGCUCUGCCCUCUAGUUCGCACUGAUGAUUUAAAAGGUGGAAUAUGGAUUCCAGGUGAUGGGGUAGGGGACCCUAUUCAAAUAUGUCAGUCCCUGGUUAAAGUAGCUCAAGAUGGAGGUGUUCAUGUACUUGAGGGGUGCUCUGUAAAACGAGUUGUGAGUAGUGAUGGAAGGAUAGUAGCUGUUGACACUUCUCAUGGAACUGUUGAAUGUCAGUAUUUUGUGAAUUGUGGUGGAUUUUGGGCUCGGCAAAUAGGACAAAUGAGUGAACCUUUUGUGAAAGUGCCCCUUCAUCCUUGUGACCAUUAUUACCUACAUACUCGCCCUAUUCCUGGGUUGGAUCCUAUGACGCCUGUUGUUCGAGAUCAAGACAGUCAUAUAUAUUUCCGUGAGAAUGAUGGAUGUUUGAUGCUUGGUGGGUUCGAACCUGUAGCAAAGCCAGCCUUUGAAGAUGGACUCUUACCAGAGGCAUCAUCUGCUUCAAGAAAGUUACCUGAAGAUUGGGAUCAUUUUCAUGUCCUAUUGGAGCAAAUGCUUCAUCGAGUUCCUACUCUUGGCUCAACAGCUCUAGACCGCCUGGUUAAUGGACCAGAAGCAUUUUCCCCUGAUUGCAAAUGGAUAUUAGGAGAAGCACCAGAAAUUGAAAAUUACUUUGUGGCUGCCGGAAUGAAAACAGUUGGUAUAUCAGCUGCAGGUGGAGUUGGUCAUUCCACAGCAAAUUGGAUUGUGAAUGGCUUUUCUUCUUAUGAAAUGUAUGAAUUAGAUAUCACAAGAUUUCUUGGCCUACACAAUAACCGAAAAUUUCUGCGUGAUCGUGUGAGAGAAGUACCAGGUUUACAUUACGCUAUUAAUUACCCAUUUUCUGAGUUUUCCACUGGCCGCAACCUUAGGAUGUCUCCUAUUUAUCCUAAGCUCAGAGAGGCUGGUGCAGUAUUUGGUCAAGUUAUGGGAUAUGAGAGACCUGUUUAUUUUGAUCCAGAGGGCUUGUUGGCAAAUAUAACACCUGAACCAGGCUCAGAAAAACCUUUUCGUAUAGCUGAGACAAAGACUUUUGGAAAGCCGGAUUGGUUUGACAUCGUCAGUGAAGAGUAUGCAGCUUGCAGAGAAAGCGUUGGUCUCUGUGACUAUUCUUCAUUCACUAAAAUUGAUCUUUGGUCUAAAGGAAAUGAAGUGGUUGAAUCACUACAACAUCUUUGCUCCAAUGAUGUUGACGUUCCAAUUGGGAGUAUUAUCCAUACUGGAAUGCAAAACUCUAGAGGAGGUUAUGAAAAUGAUUGUAGUCUUGCAAGACUUGCUGAAAAUCACUAUAUGAUGAUUGCUCCUACAAUCCAGCAAACACGUUGCAAAGUGUGGAUUCAGCGUCAUUUGCCUACUGAUGGAUCUGUAGCAUUAUCUGAUGUCACAUCCAUGUACACAGCUAUAUGUGUUAUGGGACCAUUCACUCGCAGUCUUUUGUCAGAACUCACAGACACUGAUUUAAGUCCACAAUCGUUUCCAUUUUUCACUUUUAAGGAGUUGGAUGUUGGCUUAGCUAAUGGCAUAAGGGCGAUGAAUUUAACUCACACAGGUGAACUAGGAUAUGUUCUUUAUAUACCAAAUGAGUUUGCUCUUCAUGUAUACACUCGCCUAAAAGAGGUUGGAGAAAGAUACGAUUUACGACACACAGGGUAUUAUGCAAUGCGAGCUUUACGUGUUGAAAAGUUUUUCGCAUUCUGGGGCCAAGACUUGGAUACAACUACUACACCUUUGGAAUGUGGUAGAUCAUGGCGUGUGAAAUUUGAGAAAGGAACCAACUUCAUUGGUCGAGAGGCUUUGCUGCAGCAGCGUGAUGAAGGUGUCAAAAGAAUGUAUGUGCAACUAAUACUUCAGGAUCAUGAUCCUGAUGUUGACUUGUGGUGUUGGGGAGGGGAACCAAUCUACCGUGAUGGAAUUUAUGUUGGUGCAACUACUACGACAGGUUACGGUUAUACAUUUAAAAAGCAGGUCUGCCUUGGAUUCAUUCAAAAUUUUGAUGAAAGUGGAGAACCUCAGAAAGUUACAUCAGAUUUUGUUCAAUCAGGCAGUUAUGAAGUGGAUAUAGGUGGUAUUCGCUAUUUAGCCAAGGUCAACUUAAGAUCACCGAACCUACCUACUAAGUUCCCAGAUAAAGAACGGGAGGCCUAUCAGGCAACAAGAGACAAAGUUGGAGUCAGUGAACCCAUUCUCAAAGCUGUGAAUUCAUGACGUGAUCAUUACCUUAUGUAUUAGUCUGAAAUGCCUGUGAUUUAAUAUGUGCUCUUUUUUUCUCUUUUUUGUGUCUUUAGACUCUUGUCAUACUAUAUGUGUUUGUAAUUUUUGGAACGAACUAUGCUACCUUUCCUUUUAAAAGCUUUGUUCUGAAAUUUGUCCAAGUUGCUCUAAUCUUUAUUCUUUUAACAUCUAUGUGUUUUAAAAAUUAUUUCUAUAUGAUUUUGUAUUUUUGAAUUUAUUGCUGUCAUAUAAGAUACAAAAACACAAAGCGGAGUUUUGGGGUUGUUAAUGUUAAAAAAGGUUGAUGCAAAAAUGCAUUCUCGUUGUCUCAAGUCCAUUGGUAAGUUGUAGUGCUUCUAAUUUGCUAUAUAAAAACACAUUAAUCAUUUUAUGAAAUAAAUUUGAUCUUCCAUGAUUUGGUCUGAAAUGAUGUUGAUGUGCAGUUGCCAUAAUAGGUUGUGAAGUUGGCCUUUGCUCUAUAAGAACGUGAAGCUAUAAAUUAUCACGCAAUAAGCCUAAGAUUUUCUACAGUGUAAACAUUUUGUUAAAAUUAAUUUGUUAAUCUUAUACUUAUGCAUGUGACGAUUCAUGCUGGGAUGUCAAUUCGUAAUGUACCAUCUGCAAGACUUUCUCACCUAUAAAUUCUUUCAAUACUAGUAGAAGGAUUUAUAUAACAAUGACUGAUUUCAAAAUGUGUUGAAAAGUUCAGUUAUGUACCGUCUUCUCUUGCUUGUGUCAGACUGAUGUUUUAGUAGAAUUUGUAGUUCUAUUUCACAUGAUUUUUAGGAACCUUUUGAGAGAUUUUUUUGUUCAUUGAUAAUUUUCAAUUGACAGUCUUUUAAAACAGCAAGGUACUGUUAAUAAUUUGAUAUUCAAGACAUUAAAUUAGAUUCUCUAAUUAGUAUUGAAAAAUCUGUGAUAACUUUCAACAAUAAUAGGCUAAUCCUGUAUGUUUCCCAAAAUAUUUUGACAGUAGCCAAUCAACUUUGCACAAAAAUAUUAAUAGAUUAGUGGAUUUAACCAUCAGCAUUUAUGAUUUAUGCACUACUUCAUUUAGGAGAAUCUCUGCCUGUGACUUCUGAAGGUGUUAUCUGGCUUUAUGCCCUGUGCCAUGCUGCAAUGCGCAUCGCCAAAAUUUUUGCUGCUGUGCAUGCUUGUAGCUUCUAUACAUUAAGUGAAAUCCAUAUUAAUAAAGGGAAAUAUUUAAACAUUUCUAAUCGGGAGUAUUUCAAAGAAAACAAACUGUGUUGCGCCAUUUAAACAAACGCUCUCGUGUCUUGCCAGUUGGUUUUACUUCUAAUAAAUUUAAAACUAUUACCA